AUGCUGCCCAAUCGUGACUUCCUCCACCAUGGGAAGGUUGUGCAGAAUCUGCUCCGCCAGCGGCGACUGAAAACAGUUGUCAAGAUCAAAGCGCAGCGUGCCACUGUGGUCCUCCGACAGAAACGCCACAUCGUCCACGAAGAACUUGUAGCACGCCUCGUUCGGUGUUUCGUGGAAGCGCACGAGGAAAGUGCGCCGCGUCACACGAAGUACGGCGGCAUCCGCGCAAAGCUGCUGCAGCCCCCGUGGUCUUCGAACGCGUGA